AUGGCGAUUGCAUCUGCACCAGUCACUGCCAACAGCGGCCGCCAGUCCGCCAUGUCUUUCGUUCAACAACUAUCCAAAGAUCAUGAUCUGGUCUUGCGCACAUUUCGCAUUCUCAUUGCAGAUUUAUGCCAGCAGUUUGGAGGUGGUCAUCCGGGAGGUGCCAUUGGCAUGGCAGCCAUCGGAGUAGCCCUCUGGCGCUACGUAAUGCGAUAUGCGCCUCACACCCCAGACUUCUUCAACCGCGACCGAUUCGUUCUGUCGAACGGGCACGCCUGUCUUUUCCAGUAUUGUUUCCUCCACCUGACAGGCUAUAAAGCCAUGACCUUCGAGCAGCUCAAAUCCUACCACUCUGAUCGGGUUGACGCGCUGUGUCCUGGUCACCCGGAGAUCGAGCACGAAGGAAUCGAAGCAACGACCGGGCCAUUGGGCCAAGGCGUCGCUAACGCUGUUGGUCUAGCGAUGGCGACCAAGAAUCUGGCUGCCACGUACAACCGGCCCGGGUACGAGGUGGUGUCGAACCAUACCUGGUGCAUGGUUGGUGAUGCUUGUUUGCAAGAGGGUGUAGCCUUGGAGGCUAUAUCCUUUGCAGGACAUCUCAAGCUCAACAAUUUGACUGUCAUCUACGACAAUAACCAGAUUUCCUGUGACGGAUCGGUCGAUCUGACCAACACAGAAGACGUCAAUUCCAAGAUGCGCGCCUGCGGCUGGGACGUGAUCGACGUCGAGGACGGGUGUUACGAUGUUGAAGGUAUUGUGCGAGCUUUGGAGCGCGCUCGCGCAUCCCAUGAGAAGCCCACCUUUAUCAAUAUCCACACAGUCAUCGGGCUGGGUAGUCAUGUUGCUGGUACGGCUACAGCGCAUGGAGCGGCGUUUGGCGCAAGCAACGUCGCGGAGAUGAAAAAGGCCAACGGCUUCAAUCCAGACGAGUCCUUUGUCAUCGGAGAGACUGUGCACAACUUCUUCCACGAUCUUCCCGCCAGAGGCGAGCGCUAUGUGCGAGAAUGGAACCUGCUGGUCAAAGGAUACGCCGCCAAAUAUCCAGAGCUAGGAGAUAUAUUCCAGCAUCGAGUGCGCGGUGAACUGCCAGCCAACUGGAAGGAUCUGAUUCCCUCCAGCUUUCCCGCGAAACCGACACCCUCGAGAGUAUCAUCAGGGCUGGUCUUCAACCCCAUCGCCAAGGGAAUCCCCUCCUUCAUGGUGGGGACUGCAGACCUCACACCCUCCGUUAACAUGGCCUGGCCUGGCAAGGUCGACUUUCAACAUCCCGAGCUCCGCACCACCUGCGGCAUCAACGGCAACUACUCUGGCAGAUACAUCCACUACGGAGUCCGCGAACACGCCAUGUGCGCCAUCUCCAACGGCCUCGCUGCAUUCGCCCCCAAUACAUUCAUCCCCGUCACCUCCUCCUUCUUCAUGUUCUACCUGUACGCUGCUCCCGCCGUCCGCAUGGGCGCUCUGCAAGACCUCCAAGUCAUCCACGCCGCCACCCACGACUCGAUCGGAAUGGGCGAGGACGGACCAACCCAUCAGCCUAUCGAACUGGCCAGCCUGUACCGAGCCAUGCCGAACCUGCUGUACAUCCGCCCCGGCGACAGCGAAGAGACCGCUGGCGCAUGGAUAACCGCCAUCGAAGCCAAAACGACAUCAACCAUCAUCUCGACUUCGCGGCAUGCACUUCCCCAGCUGAAGCAGACCCGGCGGGAGGGCGUAGCAAAGGGUGCCUACAUCCUGGAGGAGGCGGAAAGCGCAACCGUCACGCUCAUCGGUGUCGGUGCAGAACUGUCAUUUGCUCUGGAUGUGGCGAAGAGACUCGAAGAGACUCGGGGGAUUGUCGCGCGGGUGGUCAGUUUCCCCUGCCAGCGGCUGUUUGAGAAGCAGUCGGUGGAGUACAAGCGGGAAGUUCUCCAGCGCCAUCGGGGGAUUCCUGCUGUGGUGAUUGAGCCGUAUGCGCCGAACGGCUGGGAGCGGUACGCGGAUGCGGGAAUAUGUCUAAGGCGAUUUGGACAUAGUUUGCCUGGAAAUGCGGCGUAUAACUUCUUUGGCUAUGAUAUUAAUGUGAUGACGGGCAAGAUAGGCGAUUAUUUAAAGAGACUGGAGGACGAUGAGUUGCUGAGGAGGGAGUUUGUGGAUCUGUAA